UCACCCUGCACUGUGCUCCAUGGCCGCCCCAUCAGCUCUAAGCCUUUCCGUCUCCUAAGCAUAGCAAGCACAGGAUGUUUGCUGAAAGUGACAGAGGCAGCCAAUGAGCACCGAGCGAGGUGGGUUGAGUUGCAUGUGCUCUUGUUUGUGUACGUGCAGAAGCCAGCUCCCAGCAGAGAAGGCGGGAUUGCAGCCAAAGCACAGCUUCUGUGCAUUAGAAGCCCUAGAAGAACCUGUGCUGAAAAUCAGUCCUACCACAUUUUUGCUGAAAGUGGGGAAAAAAGGAUGCUCCUGUUUGACUACAAUGCAGAGCCUGCUGGCGUGAGCCACCUUCUGGAGUCGGGGACAGAAGUGAACGUUGCUCCCGAUGCCUUUGUCCAAUCUCCUGCUCAUCUGGCUGCUCACGGAGGGCAUGCUUUCUUUCUUCUUUGGCAACAGCAGACAGGAGCCAAUUUGAACCAACAGGACUGGCUUGGAGAAGCUCCAAUUCACAAGGCAGCUAAAGUUGGGAGUUUGGAGUGCCUCGCUUUACUCGUUGCCAGUCAGGUCCGCAUUGAUUUGCGCAAUAACAAUGGGAAAACAGCAGAAGAUCUAGCCUGGGAUUUGGGGUUUUUGGAAUGUGCCCAGUUUCUUGUGACAGUGAAAAACAGUCAGAAGAGGAAAAACAUAACACAGAUAAGUUGCGUCCCACGUGACAAGGAUGAAGACUUACUAACAGAUGCUGCAAGACAGAAAAGAACAUGUGAAAGUAAAAGAUCCACCAGCCAGAAGAGAAUGAAACCAAAUGAUGCACAACCCUUGAUGUCAUGUGAACACCAAUCAACACGAGAAUACGCUUGAACAGAGAAACAUGAGUCUGCUGCUCGACACCAAAUAUUUUGAACAAUGCCUUCUGGGAAGGAAAUGGGUUGCUUCUUGAAGAAGAUACUUUUCUAUUUUUGUUAUUGCUGUACAGAUAUUUCCACAAUAAUAAAUCUUUGGAAACAGUA